UUGCACCAUAAUGAGCUUGUCACAGCUCUUCGAUGCAGAGUGGUACCGGCUACAAGCGUUGCUGGAGCAGACCUUGGAACGCCGUAAUCAGGAGGCACGGAUGAGGGCGGCGAAGCGGGAGGAGGAGGCUAGGAAGUUGAUGCUGCAAGGCCUAGCUAUCGCUGCCACUUCCACACCAGCUACCCAUCCGUGUACCGCCCCGCCAUCGAAGAAAGAAGGAUCACCGUCGCGGGUGCCGCGAGAGGAUGAUGGUUAUGCGACCACUACAGUGGCUACUGUAGCAGUGGUAAUCCAAGGGCUGCCGACCUCUACAAGAGCAGCCACCAUACCUCCUCCAGCUGCUGUCGAAGAAGAAGGUCGGGCUGCAGCGAUCCCAGGCGAACAGAAGCUACGUCCGGCGACGACUACAACACUUGCUUGCCUCAUCGCACCUGCAACACCGAUUACCAUUGUUGGGGCUUCAAAGAUCCCAAUCUCCUUGGUCGAGACGAAAGAGUCAUGUGGGAAGAUGACUGAAUCGGAUCUGGAAUGGGACAAGACAUUAAAGGUGAACUUCAUAGAGUCCCAACCUUUACUUAGUGAUUUUAUGGGGAAGAAUGUAGGAAUCAAUUAGAAGUUUAGCAAGAAGAAGUACGUGACCAGCAAAGAUGAAUCGAAGACCACCAUCUCUCCUAGGACCUCGAUCGUGACAUCGUUGGCCACACCGACGAUCGUAGAUCAGGAAGGAGCAACCUCCAUCGGGUCCCAAGCCAUCAUUACCACCAAGCAAGGCGUCGGCAUCGCCUC